AGGCUGACAAGCGCUGCCUCAGGAAGGACGUUUCUCCCCUGUUCAAGGCGGGAAGCGAGUCGGGUUCUUUUCGCACGUGGGGAAGGAAACUCGCCGGAGGAGCAUGAGGAGAGCUAGAGCGGAGGAAAGGGAGAAGGAGGCGAAGAAACGAAAACUUCUGCAUGAACUUGGUGAGACCUGUCUUCCGUAUUUGACGCCAAAAGAUCCUGGCUUCCAUCAACUGGUGAGUUUGAAGAGAAAGGGACGUGAUUUGGAAGAGUUCAACUUGAUCUGGAUACAAGGUUUGCGCCCUGAUAAUCUGAAUAUGACUCAUCAACAUUGUGUCUUGGCCGGGCGGCAGUCAAGAUUCAGCUCCACACACAGAGUGGCAGAAUGCUCAACGGGGACCCUGCCAUACAUCCUGGACAAAUGCAAGGCGGCACUGGAGAAUCUGAACACCGAUGCUGAUUUGAAGGUCCCGUGCUUGAAAUCACUGGAGGUCGGAGAUAUAACGCAAGUGGAAAAAACUCACAAUGAGGUGGAAUUUGAAUGGCUACGACAGUUUUGGUUCCAGGGGAAACGGUACAGAAGAUGUACUGAUUGGUGGGACAAGCCCAUGGCCAAUCUAGAAGACCUUUGGAGACAAAUGGAGCUCAUGACGAGUCUACUGCUCCGUGAAUUACGAAAAGAAGAACAGAUGGAGGAACAAAGGAAUGAAAAAAUCAGCAGCCUUCUCCCCCUCCUGGUUGAACGACAAGCUCGGCGUCAAGAGUGGCUGGUGAGGUGAGAAAGUGGCAUUGAAGGAGAGCACAGUAGGCCCUUGAUACGUUUAGAAAAAUAGAAAGAGAUGGAAAUCGCACGGAAGAAAAAGUAGAAAAAGUAAGACCGUUCCCAGCAGCUGCUGUACCCUCUUUCUUUAAAAAUGUUUUGAUAUCUACGUAGUCUAGGUUUUCUUGUUUUGAGCAUGUCUCAC